AUGUUCCGAUUAAGUUUUAUUUUUCUGUUGAACCUCAAAGAAAAUGUUGAAAGUAAGAGCAAUAACACCCUAAUGUCUUGUGAAUGGUAUGAUUUUGGCUGUGAACUUAUAAGGAACAUCCUGUACGUCGAACUCUGUAAAAUUGAAGAAAUGCCAUUAGGGUUGCUGUUAGAGACAUCUAGCGGAACUUUCGUAAAGCUUGAGCAUAGUCUCUUUUUGAUGUCCUUUCGGGUGGUACGCAGUUCUAAAUUUCGGCACGUUUAUGGCCAAGCUUUGAAAAGAGAGCAGUGCUAUGAUAACAUACGUGUUUCAAAAAGUUCAUGGGACUCUACAUUCUGUGCAGUCAACCCCAAAUUCUUAGCUAUCAUCGUAGAAAGCGCUGGAGGAGGCGCUUUUAUAGUUCUUCCACUUAAUAAGUUAGAGAGAAAUAUUGUGUUUGAAGAUGCUUCUGCUGGAUACAGUGCAUGA